AUCGUGGACACCUUCUUCAUCGGCCGCUUCGUCCUCCUGGCUGUGAUGAGCCUGGUCUUACUUGGGUGCCUGUUCCUGCUCCUGGUUUACCACCUCAUGGAGCCAGUCUAUGCCAAACCGCUCCACAGCAGCUAG